GCGAUAAGGUAAACACAACGUGCUCAGUGACAACCGCGGGCUGGUUUGAGACAGACGCGUGUAGACUUUAAUACACGUGAACCAAUGGAUUUCACGGGCAAAGUCAUCAUAGUGACCGGGGCUAGCUCCGGUAUCGGAGCUGUGUCUGCAAAAAUGUUUGCCGCGCAUGGAGCUACUGUCACAUUAGUAGGAAGAGAUGAAACAAGACUCCUAGCAGUUGCUAAAGCAUGCGAAGAAGCUAAAGGAAUCAAACCGCUACCACUACAAUUGGACUUAACCGCUGUCAACAGUUGCGUUGUAGUCGCUCAGAAAACUGUAGAAGUCUUCGGCCGAAUAGACAUACUUAUCAACUGUGCCGGGAAGAUCGGAGUAACCUCGCUAUUCGACGCAAACAUGGUGGCUUUCGACGACCUGCUAGCUAUUAAUCUUCGUGUACCAUACGAGCUGACUCAAAAGUGUUUACCGCAUUUAGUGAAAACUAAAGGACGUAUAGUGAAUGUGUUCUCUGCUCCUUUCCGGGCACGGCCAGGGUUUGUCACAUCCAGCGUGAUCGCAGAAGCGUUAGAAAGAUUUACAAAGGUUAGCGCAGUGGAAUUGGCACCUGAGGGUGUCAAAAUGAAUGCAGUACGACCCGGUCUGACUAGAACUAACAUAUUGAAGAACAUAAACAUAGAUGACGAUGAAGCAAACGAUAUGUACGAGGCUCUAGCUGGAAUGGUGCCGUGUAGACAAAUCAUCGAACCUGAUGAAGUGGCAAAGAUGGUGCUUCUGGCCGCUAGUGAUAUGUUCCCUAAUUUAAAUGCAGCGAGUUUUGUGGUCGACGGAGGUGCAUCAGUGGCGUGAAAUUAUUUUAAGUCUUCAUUUGUGGUAUUACUUGUAGCUGUGUUUAUGUUUUUAAGAAAUUUUGUAUGUACUAUGUAGAAUAUUUCUUUGUAUUUAGGUAGGCUUUUUAAAAGUAAACUGUGAAAGUUCGCGAAUGUUUUUGGGCAGAAGUGUUUUAAUUCUGUCGAUGACUAACAAAAAUACUAACGUAUUUUGACAAAAUUACUCACAUGAUAAACCUCAAGGUUUAGUAAAUCGAUGAUAUCAUCGCUAUCAGAAGAUUACUGUAAUAUUAUCAUUCGAAUACACUUUAUCUUCGAAUGUAUUAACGAUAUUGCAGCUUUAUCCUUUUUAUGAUCGAGUAAACAUGUUUGUAUGGUUACGAGGGGUAAGAUUAAGAGUAGUGAUGAAAAGAUAUCCUGUAGUGAAUCGUCAUACUGCUGAUCGUAACCCGAGUGAAAAAAACUAUAUUAGUGACCUUAUCAAUUGUUAUUGGUUCCGCUUUAAUCUUAAUACAUAUUAUAACUGAUCAGUGUGAUCACAUCAUAACUGUUUUGAUUUCAUGCUUUCUUGAAAAUAAACUUCUUAAAAAGUAAGUUGAAUUUGUUGUCAAUAACGUUGUUAACUUGUUACAUACAAUCGCAUUUAUGUGUCAAGAGAAGCGAAUAUUGUCAAGAUAUGUGUAAACACUAGACUGAUACAGUGAAUAAAUUGAAUACAAAAAGCAUC